AUGUCAACGGUGAAACAUGACGUGUCAUGGCGGCAAACGUUGCACCAUAGACAAAAGGACGUCAUUCAAAGGAGGAAGAAUACGCGGGACACAAGAUGGCGGCCCAGCAAAUGGCUGAUUCCGCUCUUUAUUUUAAAUGUUACGGGCGGUGUUGGUGGCGAAUCGCUCACAAGUCGCGUGUUAGCCUCUAUAUUAGGCUACCCAAGUUCCUGUAACCUAGGCUCGGAGGUCCGACCCUGUACUCUCUCCCUGACCUGCUGGUUGAGAGGAGGGACCAGGGUGCGAGGCUGUGGAGGUAGUUGGCUGUUCUCCUGCUGUGUGCCUGCUGAACCAACCAGAAAUGAUGUGCUGGACAACAGUAUACCGGCAUCCGACUGGAAGUACAAGGUGGUGCCCCCGAAGUUGCGGCAGGUGCCACAACGCAGCGUGGUGCCAACCAACGUGUUCCGGCGCAGAGCUGACGAUGAUGUUGGGCAGGUAGACUGUGGCCUGUCUUCAACGAAGAUGAUACAGAAGCGCAUCAUAGGCGGGCGGGAGGCGCGCUUCGCUGAGUUCCCGUGGCAGGCACACGUCAGAAUCUCAGAGUUCCAAUGUGGAGGUGUUCUGGUAUCCCGAUGGUAUGUGGCAACAGCAGCUCAUUGCGUGUCCCGCGCUCGGCCUCGUGACAUCGCUGUGUGGCUGGGAGCAUUGGACACUAGUGCUGGAGCUCACACUGCUAGGAAGCUUGGGGUCGUCCAAAAAAUCCUGCAUCCACUCUUUCAAUUCAGGAUGACUCAACCGGACCGCUAUGACAUAGCCCUUUUGAAAUUAUCCCGUCCGAUAAUCUAUACAACUCAUAUCCUGCCAAUUUGCCUGCCAGAGAGGGAUAUGGAUUUGAGAGGGAGAGCCGGAGUGAUCGCUGGUUGGGGGAAGACAGAUGCAAGUACUGGACACACAGGCACUAAUAUGUUGCGGUCGGCUACUGUACCUAUUUUAAGUAAAGAGCAAUGCAUCAACUGGCAUAGAAGCAAGCAGAUAUCUGUGGAGAUACAUUCUGAGAUGAUCUGCGCGGGACAUUCAGACGGACAUCAGGACGCUUGCUUAGGAGACUCAGGAGGUCCCCUAAUAGUUUCCGACAACGGUCGGUACUACCUAGUGGGUAUUACGUCAGCUGGCUUCGGCUGCGGCGUGGACCAUCAGCCUGGCAUCUACCACAACGUGAAGGUCACCAGCACUUGGAUCCGAGGAGUUGUCUCCGAGCACACCAACUACAUUGACUUUUGA